AUUGUUUUACAACAACAACAACAAAAUUGAUGGACAUUAAGGAACUAAUAACCAUACCUUCCCCAUGGGAUCGCAUUAAUUUGGUAUCAAAAUAUACAUUUAGUUUUGUAUGGCGUCUAUUUAUCCAGGCCUACAAAAAGGACCUGGAGUUUGGCGACCUAUACCGGUGCUCAAAAUCAGAUGAAACGGCGUGCGUGCGAAACAAAUUGGAAAAAAACUGGAACAAUGAGCUAAUAGCUAAUAAAACUAAUAAAAAGAAGCCAUCCCUGACUAUGGCACUGUUCAAAACGUUUGCACCCGAAUUUCUACCUUGGUUAUUGUUGAGCACAUUUCAAGAGGUUAUCAUCAAAGUCAGUUUGCCGCUAAUGUUGGGCUAUGUUGUACGCUAUUUUCAGGGCGACCCACAAAUCGGCCGCCAGUGGGCCGUAUGGUCAGCGGUAGGCAUUGUGUUGGCCUCUAUUGUCGACCGUUUAUUUAUCAAUCAUAUUGCGUUUUGCAAUACUCUGCGCAUUGGUAUGCGUAUGAGAGUGGCCACAUCGGCACUAAUCUAUCGUAAGUCUAUGAAAUUGAGUCGUUCAUCACUGGGAAAGACAACUGUCGGCCAAAUAGUAAACAUACUGUCCAAUGAUGUCAACCGUUUUGAUGAGUUUUCCUAUUACCCGCACGCAAUUGUGGUAGCACCGUUACAGUCGGCACUGAUACUCUAUCUUCUAUGGGGACAGUUAGGCUGGCCCUGUUUGGCCGGUAUGGCAAUGCUUAUACUGUUUGUACCGUUCCUGUUGUUGGUCGGCUCAUUGUUUCGACUGAUUCGCCAAAAGACCUCAGUGUUGACCGAUCGGCGCAUACGUGUCAUGAAUGAGAUGAUUGCCGGUAUGCGUGUCAUCAAAAUGUAUACCUGGGAAAAGCCGUUUGCACUGUUGGUUUCCGAUAUACGCAAAUCGGAAGUAAAACGGAUCCGUAACAGCAAUUUUCUCAAAGGUGUCAAUCUAUCCAUUUGUUUUCUAUUGCCCCGUAUUGUUGUCUACCCGUGCCUAUUGCUGUAUGUGCUGAUGAUCAACAAUGGCCGGUUGACUGCCGACGUUGUGUUUGUUACCGUAAGCUAUGUUAAUAGUAUGCGGGUUAUGAUCGGUAAGGGUUUACCUCAUCUAUUCGCUGCAACCAAUGAACUGGUAGUUGUUAUCAGACGUAUAGAGGAGUUCCUAUCGCUCGAUGAUAUUAAACAUAUUGAUAACAACAAUUCUGAUGGAGUAACUGAUGGUUUGAAUAGUGGUUGUAAUGUCGAUGAAAAGGGUGUAUUCAUUGAUAAUAUGACUGCCCGUUGGUCUUAUGACGUGACUGAGCCGACACUUAAAGAUAUCAGUAUAUGUGUAAAACCGGGACAAUUGUUGGCCAUCAUCGGAUCGGUAGGCAGUGGAAAGAGUUCAGUAUUGAUGUCAGUGCUAAACGAGAUGAUACUGUCAUCGGGUGAUUCAUUGCGAGUAACGGGUCGGCUAUCCUAUGCACCGCAAGAGUCGUGGGCUUUCAUUGCCAGUGUCAGGGAUAACAUACUGUUUGGUCAGCCGUACGAUGAGCACCGGUAUCGGCGAGUGGUCGAAGUUUGUGCACUGGACAGGGAUUUGAAACUGUUUCCUUAUGGCGAUCGGACACUGGUUGGUGAAAAGGGUGUACUGUUGAGUGGCGGCCAAAAAGCACGUAUCAAUUUGGCCAGAGCUUUGUAUCGUGAGGCCGAUAUCUAUUUGUUGGACGACCCGCUAUCGGCAGUGGACGCACACGUGGCUAAACAUAUAUUUCAAAAAUGUAUUGUUGAUUAUCUGAAAGACAAGGCACGCAUACUAGUCACACAUCAGAUCCAGUAUCUGAGAAAAGCCCAUAAGAUACUGGUGCUCGAAGAAGGCCGGUGUGUAGCACUGGGCAGCUAUGACGAGCUCAGGGAGUCGGGCAUCGAUCUGAUGUCCUAUCAACAGACCACUACUCCUGACAACCACACAAAUCUGGUCAGCACUGGACCACCACCACUACCGAUGAACAGUUCAAUGAUGUUCACACCAUUGCUGGUCAGCAGUACUAUCAGUGACGGCGGUUCGGAUAUCAGAUCACAUGAUGUCGUUGACGAUGACAUUGUUUCCAUUAACGAGUCAACGACCGCUAGUUUGGAUAACCCGCAGAUCAAAGCCGAAAACAAAAUAGUCGGUAGUCUUGAUUCGACCAUCUAUUGGGACUAUAUUAAGGCCGGCGCCGGACCAAUGUUGAUGUCGACAACAGUUUUGAUGGUAUUGUUGUCACAAACGCUAUAUCAGGGAAGCGACUAUUGGCUGUCCUAUUGGACAAAUAACAAUGAAACUAAUGAUAACAAUCAAAAUGAAUAUAUUUAUGUAUAUACCGGUAUGAUUGUAGGCCUGUGCGUAACAUCACUGUUGGCCACUGUAUCGUUUUAUAUGAUGUGUAUGCGGGCAUCGAUAAUACUAUAUAAGCGUAUAUUUUCCACACUAUUGAGAGCACCGAUACAUGUAUUUGAAAGUUCACCGGCAGGCCGUAUAUUGAAUCGGUUCGCCAAAGAUACCGGUAUUAUUGAUGAACAGUUACCAACGGCAGCAUUUGAUUUUAUAAUAAAUCUAAGUCUAAUGAUCGGCAAUCUAGUGCUCAAUGCAACCGUCAACUGGCUUCUGGUGUUUCCGGCAAUCAUAUUACUGGUUUUGGUAUACAUGUGUCGGUAUUUCUAUAUUAGGGCCGCCCGUGAUAUCAAACGCAUGGAAGGCUUAUCCCGGAGCCCAAUCUAUUCGCACGUUAGCAACACAUUGGCCGGUCUGACGUCAAUCCGAUCGCUGGACGGCCAGCGCAUGUUUGAGCGUCAGUACGAAUGUCACCAAAACGACAACACCGCCACAUAUUUUAUGUUUCUCUGUACGUCCCGAGCACUGGGCGUACUUCUGGAAGGCGUUUUUCUCAUCUAUAUCGCUGCAAUCGUAGCUUUUGUAAUGUCAGCUACCGAUGAAAGUGACACUAUGUCCGGCGGUAACGCUGGCCUACUAUUGUCGUCCUCACUGAUGCUAACGGGAACAGCACAGCACGCGGUCCGGUGUUCGACAGAUCUCGAGUCCUAUAUGACUGCUGUCGAGCGGGUACUCGAGUAUACCCAUAUCGAUCCGGAAGCCGAUCUGGAAUCGCCAGCCGAUAGAAAACCUGCAAUCGAUUGGCCACAAUCGGGUAGUAUUGAGUUUGUCGACAUGAGUCUACAGUACGUCGAAUCUACUGAACCUGUACUUAAAGGUCUAACUCUAUCGUUCAGCGGCGGCGAAAAGAUUGGUGUUGUCGGCCGUACCGGUGCUGGCAAAUCGUCAAUAAUUGCUGCAAUGUUUCGCUUGACCGAACCCAACGGCCAGAUACUCAUCGACGGCAUCGAUAUCUGCCGUAUUGGUCUGCAUGAACUGAGACGUCAGAUAUCGAUCAUACCUCAAGAUCCGGUACUGUUUACCGGUUCGGUGCGGAAAAACUUGGAUCCGUUUGACGAACAUCCGAACGACGAGCUGUGGGCUGUCUUAGAUGAGGUACAGCUCCGGGAUGUUAUCAGUAAAUUGCCCGGUACGCUUGAUGGCCACAUUACCGAAGGCGGUUCAAAUUUCAGUGUUGGCCAACGUCAACUGGUAUGUCUGGCCAGAGCAAUACUUCGGGACAAUAAGAUACUGGUGUUGGACGAGGCGACUGCCAAUGUUGACCAUCAAACUGAUGCACUAAUACAGCGGACAAUACGCCAUCGGUUUCGCAACUGUACUGUCCUGACGAUUGCCCAUCGAUUGAACACAAUUAUCGAUUCGGAUAAAGUGCUGGUAUUAGACGCCGGCCAAGUGGUUGAAUACGGAGCGCCGCACAAACUGCUGGAAGAAUCGCCCGACGGUCUGUUUGCUCAGUUGGUCAGUCAAACGGGCAAACAUAUGGCCAGUCGUUUGCGUCAAACGGCUAAACAUUACUAUUCACACAAAUUUGACGUACAGUUUGAUAAAAUUGAAUCCGAGAAUAAUAUAAGUAUUUAA